CUUUCCCAUUCAUGUGUUCCAACGAAAGAGGGAAUCCCCCGCAGGAAGAGGAAACAAAAAAAUAAAAAUAAAAAGCUGACGUGCGUCAGUCGAAAGGGAAUCUUUGCAUCGGAGAGGCCCCCAAGUACGUAAAAGCAUAGCUACUUGAGCAGCCGGGUGACCGCUCACCAAAGCAGGGAGAGGAAAGGAAAGCCACCACUCACGCCCUCACACGUAUAUAGGCUUACCACCAUCCAGCGAGUUCGCAUCGCCGACGGUAUUCCCCCCACCCAAAGAGAAAAAACACCUGACAGUUAAAAAAUGGGAGGCAAGUCGAAGGGAAAGAGAUCCGGCACGAGGUACAAAUUUUCGAAGAAAUUCCGCAAGCAUGGAGAGUGUACGGCGAAUAAAUUUUUGGAAAAUAUAAAUUACGGAGACUACGUUGAUAUUGUUUGCGACUCGACUCAACAGAAGGGUAUGCCAUUUAAUUUUUACCACGGAAGAACGGGAAAGGUGUUUCACAUCACCAAGAGGGGAGUAGGCGUGUUGGUAAACAAGAGAGUUAAGCACCGCAUCAUACAGAAGAAGGUCUGCGUGCGCAUUGAGCACGUCCGCAAGUCCCGUUGUAAUGAGGAUUUUAAACUGAGAAAGGAAAAGAACUCACAAAUUAUUAAAGAGGCCAAAUUGAAAAAGGAGUUCGUUUCCAUUAAGAGGCAACCCGAGGGUCCCAAACCUGCCGCCAUGAUUAAGGUCCCCCCCACGAAAAUCAUCACCGUGGAGCCGCUGCCCUUUUACGAGGAGUAUUAGGGGGGGGAGUAGCCACGUGGGUGAAUGAGAUGCGGAGCGGGAUGCUGGAAGAGCUCAUUGGCAAUGUGGCAGUCAGAGGAGAGAAGAAGAGAGAAAUGCAGACGGGCCGUGCAACGUAUUA